AUGCUUCUGUGUGUAUGUCUCGUUAUUUGGAGCGCUGCUCUCGGGCCGGGUCUUGCCCAAGAACAACGACACUGUGGCCACCCGGCAGUGCCGCCUAAUGCAAGGGUGUUGCUGUCGAACAACGCAGAGAUCACCCCCGGGGCAGUCGUAACCUACGAGUGCGAUUUAGGAUACGAAUUGUUCGGAGCACAUCAGAGGGAGUGCACUCUGAGAGGCGAUUGGACCGCUGAACCGCCGUUUUGUGGUACGAACGUCGCGUUCAGGAAGCCUGCAAACCAGUCAACCACAGUUCGCGGAGGAGCAGCGGCGAACGGUAACGACGGUGAAAAAACGACCGAACAUGAUGGCAAGAGAUGCACGGAGACACAACGCGAGGCCUCUCCCUGGUGGCAGGUAGACUUGCUCAGACACUACGCUGUCAAAGUCGUGAGAGUCACCACAAGGGGAUGUUGCGGACACCAACCGCUUCAAGAUCUAGAAAUUCGUGUCGGCAACAGCAGUACAGAUCUCCAGAGGAACCCCCUGUGUGCAUGGUUUCCAGGAACUAUAGACGAAGGCGUUACCAAAACGUUCACAUGUGCACGCCCGUUGAUUGGUCAGCACGUGUUCUUGCAGCUGGUCGGUGUGGAGGGUUCCCUGUCGCUUUGCGAAGUGGAAGUGUUCACAACUGAAGACAUCGAGUUGGCAGCCUUCUCACGCAAUUGCUACGAGUUCAACGUGGCCAAGGGCGGCUCCUUUGACGAAGCGCGCAAACAGUGCCAGUCGCACGGAGGUGACCUCAUACACGGAUUCCAAGGUGCGACAUCGAGUUAUUUAAUACAAGAACUGGAACGACGCAAGGCUCAACUGAAAACCCAACUCGUUUGGAUAGGAGCUCAGAAAGAGCCCGGGUUGACAUCAAGGACAUGGAAAUGGGUUGAUGGUGAGUUAGUAUCAAAACCGACCUGGGGUAAGGACCAACCCAACAAUUAUAACGGCGAGCAAAAUUGCGUGGUGCUGGACGGCGGACGGGCUUGGCUUUGGAACGACGUUGGAUGCAAUCUCGACUAUUUACACUGGAUCUGCCAGUACCUGCCGCCUUCUUGCGGUAGUCCAGACAAACUGUUGAACACCACUUUCGAAGGGGAUAGCUACUUAGUUGGAUCAAGCAUUGGCUACAAGUGCCCUGAAGGUCAUAUGUUACUGGGAGACAAAACUAGGCAGUGCAAGAAAGACGGCUUUUGGUCCGGAACAGCGCCCAGCUGUAAAUAUGUCAACUGUGGGGGCCUUUCUCCGAUUCAAGAUGGCGACGUACUUUUAAUCGAUGGACGUACCACCCAUGGUGCUAGAGCGACGUAUACAUGUAAUGAAAACUACACCCUAGUCGGAGAACCAUCAAGAGUGUGCAGCGAUGAGGGUAUAUGGGCUGGUCAGGCCCCGAAGUGCCUCUUCGACUGGUGCCCAGACCCACCUCCAGUAGCGGGCACUACCGUUGCCGUCAGCGGGCAUAAAGCCGGUUCCAUAGCAAUGUACACGUGCCAAAACGGAUUCAUAUUGUACGGAACAUCGAGUGUAACAUGCAAGCUCGGCGGAACUUGGGCCGGCACACCGCCCUCGUGCAAGUACGUCGAUUGUGGUACACCAGCGCAGGUGUACAAAGGCUCCUUUAGACUAUUAAAUGGCACCACAACUUACGGCUCCGUAGCUCAGUUCAACUGCGAGUCUGACUACUGGCUGUCUGGUGCUGAAUUUCUCACCUGCAACCGCGACGGAAAGUGGUCUCAUGAUAUUCCGAUGUGUGAUCUUAUAACUUGUGCGGACCCUGAGGUUCCAGCUGGCGGAUACAUGGAGGCUUAUGACUAUAACGUGCAUUCAACGAUCGACUUCCAUUGUGAACAUGGCCAUCAGCUCGUUGGAGAAGCGAGUUUAGUCUGCCAGCCGGAUGGAGAAUGGUCCGGGGAGUCCCCGAAAUGCGAAUACGUGGAUUGUGGAAAACUGCCGCCAUUGCCAUACGGCUCUGCAGAGCUUCUAAAUGGAACCACACACAUGGGAAGUGUUAUUCAGUACUCUUGUACCACCAAUUAUCGGCUAAUAGGACCCGUUCGUAGAAUCUGCACAGAGGAUCGUCAAUGGAGCGAGUCUUCACCAAGAUGUGAAGAAAUCCGUUGUCCUGAACCCAUUGUAGCGGAAAACAGCAUUGUCUCGGUGACGGGUAACGAUCGCAUGCAUGGGCGUACCCUUAUACGUACAGUGGGCAGUUCAAGCGCUGGCAACACAUAUCGCAUAGGAGCACUUGUCAAGUACCGUUGCGAGCGAGGAUACAAAGUUAUUGGAGAGAGCCUGUCCACUUGCGAAGAUAAUGGCCAGUGGAGUGGUGUCACUCCACGUUGUCAAUACGUGGACUGCGGUAAUCCAGGGCGGCUUCAGAAUGGCAAGGUGACCCUAGCGACGAACGCCACAUAUUAUGGAGCAGCUGCACUUUACGAAUGUGAUGAACAUUGGCAACUUGACGGCGUUUCCAGGAGAUUGUGUCAAGACAACGGCACUUGGAGUUCUGAGCCUCCAGUAUGCAAAGAAAUAACGUGCACGGAUCCAUCAUCCCAAAUAAAAGGCAGCACCGGACUUCUUGUGGUCACUUCGUCACUCAGUAUUGGCAGCGAAGCUCACUAUCGUUGUGAGCGUGGCUACAGUCUGCGAGGCAACCAGACAAGGACUUGUAUGCCAAGAGGGCAAUGGAAUGGGUCCGCUCCAGUGUGCAUUCCGAUCGACUGCAAGUCACCUGGUACGAUCGAAAAUGGCCGAAUUAUAAUAUCGAACAGUUCAACACUCUUUGGAAGCUCCAUCGAAUACCAUUGCUUGCCGCAGUUCCAACGAGUGGGACCUUUCCUACGGAAAUGCCUGGAUGACGGCAAGUGGUCAGGCGAGGAACCCAGCUGUGAACUCGCAACAAAUGAGGCCGCUGAAAGUGGAGCCCUACCACUAAGCGUUGGUGUAGGCUGUGGCAUCGUCUUGUUCCUGUUGAUGCUGCUGGGAGUCAUUUAUUUACGACUGCGGAAGGCAACUCCGGUAAAGAACACGGAAAACAUAGAGGGUGCUGAGAGAAAAGAAGACCAAAACGCCGCUGUAAUGAGCUACGCAACGCUGCAUGAUACUAACGGACGUCAUAUUUAUGAUCACGUCACAGACAACGUAUACGACUCACCAUACAGCGAACGUCUAGCAGACAACGUUGCAUACGGUAGACGAAGUGACACGGACUCUGCCUAUGAACCGGAGCCAACAGGUCCCAAUGCCGUCGUCACCAUAAAUGGCGUUGCCGUACGU